AUGGAAUAGUAGGAUAUGAAAAUGUGUUAAAAACAUAAAUUAGAAAUAAUUUUAGUUGAUUUAGAAAGAUAGAUAGCUUAAGAAGAUAGAUGUUUAUGUGUAAGAUGUAUAAUAGAAAAAAUGAAUAAAAAGAAAAUGAAUUAAAUUGAUGAAACAAAGAAUAUGAUUAAAGAAAUGAAAAUAAAUGAAUAAAAUCAAAUAAUUAAAGAUAAUAAAAAGAGAUUAGAUAAUUUUAAUGGAAUUGAAUAAAUAUUAAGAGAACUUAAAUAAAAUAUAGAUAGUAUAUUUGAUAAAAUAUUUAAUAAUAUAAAAUGUUAAUUGAAUUAGAUAUAAAAAGAUAUAGGAAAUAUAGAAUAAUAAUAAAUUAUAUAUAAUUUUGAAAAUGAUAUUGAAAGAUUAUCUUAAUAUUAAGAAUAAUAAAUAAAUGAAUAAUAAAUUAAAUUAAUUGAAAAUGAUCAUAAAUUUAUUGAAUAAAUUCAAAAAUAAUUAGAAUCUAUUAUAAAUUCUGAAUAAUAUAAUAAAUUAAUGAAUAAUUAAAAUAUUAUAAUAAAUUCAUAAUUAGAAUAAGAUUUAAUAAAUAAUAUAUAAAAUAAUGAAAUAAUUAAAAUAUAAGAUUAUGUAUAUAUAUUAUUAUAUAUAAAUAGAAAACACCUGCAUUAAAAUUUAUUUGUUAAGAACACACAAAAGAAAUAAUAAUGUUUAAUUUAAAUUCAAAUUGUAAUUAAUAACCAAGAAUGGCAUGUGUUAAAUGUAUUUAAUAAUAUCCAGCAUAAUAUACACCUUUAGAAGAUGUAAAUAUUUAAUGGGAUUAAUAUUAAAAGAGAAAUUAAACUAAUUUAAAUGAAAUCUAAAAUACAAGAAAUUCAAUUUAAUAGAAAAUAUUUAAAAUGAUUUAAGAUAUUAAAUAAUAAAAUAAUUAAAUAUUUGAUGAAUUAAUAUAAUCUUUAAAUAAUUAAUAAUAAUCAAUAGAAUAAAUGAAUGAAAAUCAAAUAAAUAAUAAAUCAAUUAAUUAAUUAACAUUAAAUUAAAUAAAUGAAAUAAUUAAUUAAUUAAGUUAAAUAGAUAAAUUUAAAACAUUUAAAGAUUAUUAAAUUAAUAUUGAUAAAAUUGAUAAAAUAUUUUAUUCAGAUUUAAAAUCUAGAUUUGAACAUCUAAUAUAAUAUUAAUUAAUAAAUAUUUAAUAAUUUAAUUAAAUAAUUAUUAAUGAUAAUAAAGUAAUUAAUUCAAUUGAUAAUUUAUUAUUAUCUAAUUAAAAUAAACAUGAAGAUAAUUUAUAAGAAUCUACUGAUAUUAAUUAAAUAAUAGAAUAAAUUAGAUAAUUUAUGUAUAAAUCAUUUAAUUUUGAAUUUUCAUAAAGAAUAUUCAUUGAAAAUAUAGAUUAAUAUAUAAAACUUAAAGAAGAGAUAUAGAAUUUAUAAUAAAUUUUAAGUAAUAAAUUUGAAAAGUCUUAAGAAUUAUAAAAUAUAUUAAAUGAAUUUAAUAAUUAUAUAAAUAAAUUCAAUUAAGAUUAUAUCUAAUUUUAAUAAUUUUUAGAAAUCAAUUAAAAAUUGAAUGAAAUUUAAUAAUUAAAAGAAUAAAUUCAAUUUAUUUAAAAAGAGAAAUAAGAAUAAUAAACUAUAUUUGAGAAUGAUUUUUAAAAAAUGAAAGAAUCAAUUGAAUAAAUUAAUAAAGAUAAUUUAGAAUAAAAGAAUAAAUUAGAUUAAUAAAUAAAAGGAAAAGAUUAAGAAAUAAAGAAAUUGAAUGAAUAAAUUGAAUAAAUUAAUAAAGAUAAUUUAGAAUAAAAGAAUAAAUUAGAUUAAUAAAUAAAAGGAAAAGAUGAAGAUAUAAAGAAAUUGAAUGAAUCAAUUGAAUAAAUUAAUAAAGAUAAUUUAGAAUAAAAGAAUAAAUUAGAUUAAUAAAUCAAAGGAAAAGAUUAAGAAAUAAAGAAAUUGAAUGAAUAAAUUGAAUAAAGUAAUAAAAAUUAUAAAAAUUUAGAAUAGAAUGUAAAUAACUUGGUCCCUACUUAUAAAACAUUGUUUCAAAUAGUAGUAUUUUAUCUAUAUUAUUUAUAUUAUAGUCAUCAUAAUUUCAGAAGCAAUUGACAUUUUCAUAAACACAUAAAUAUUCAAGUUGUGAAGUAACAUAAAAUGGAAAAAUGGUUUAAAAUGGGAGUUAUUGUUUGUGUGAUUAAGUCAUUCCUAAAAAUGGAGUCACAUCAUUUGCAUUCAAAAUCAUUUAAUUAAAUGAGAGGUGUUUUAUUGGUAUUGGGAUGAGAGAGAUAAUAUAAAAAAAUAAUUAUUCUGGAGGUGUUAGUAAUGGGUAUGGGUAUUAAUUAAAUAUUAUAUACUAUUAGAUCAUAUACUAUAACAUAAAAUAAAUAGUGUUAUUCACACCAUGAAAAGGAUAAAGAUGGUAAAUAAUUAUCAUUUGAUUUUGCAAUUAAUGAUAUAAUAAUAGUUGAAGUUGACAUUUAAAAUAAAAAUAUAAAAUGGAUCAAAGCAAAUACAAAUCAAUCAUUUGUAAUUAUAAUAAUACUAUUACAUAAUAGAGUCUUUAAAUAGAUACAACAUAUGAUUUAUAUCCAUGUUUAUGGGUAUAAAAUAAUAAAGUAUAAAUAUUAGAAUAAUUAAUAUGA